AUGAACUCAACUCCCUCAGUGGGUACUCGGCCUGCAACUUUCCUCUCUCUUCCUCCUGUCGUUCGACAUCAAAUCUAUUGCGACGCCGGCCUCAUCCAUGACUCCGACAUUGAUUUCAAUAGGCGGGUAAAUACUACCUAUUGGCCCCCCUCGGCUGACUUCCAAAUCUCUUACAAUUUGCUCCUGACCUGUCGCACCGUCUAUACCGAGACCUCCUACAUUAUAUACUCUACGAACCGAUUUUUUAUCCGAUAUAGCGAUGCUCAGAGCCUCGAAGCACUCAGAAAUUUGACCGCGGAUUCCGUCGCACUUUUAACUCAGCUCACAGUUCAUCUCAAUGUUACUUCAUGUGAGAAGGGCCAGGAAUGUUGUGAGGUCUGUCGAGGAAAAUCGAGCUACUGUCUUAAACAUGACAAACCCCUUGGACUUUCAUCGAAGACAAUCCUUUCUGAAUGGCAAACUACAGCUCGUUAUAUCACAGCUCACAUUAAACAGUCCCACCUCAGCCUGCAUUUUGUCUGCGAUGUUAACGAGCUGAAAGUAGCAAUGUAUGUGGUUGAGCCCCUCCGCAAUACUCCAACGCUCGCAGAGUGUAGCAUCCGCUUGGCUCGGCAGCCUGGCCCUCUUCUACGAGAUGUGGCUCAGGAGGUGGCAACGCGAGCGAUGGGAUACCAGGAUCGUUGGAAUCACGUUGGGUCUGCCUUCCGGUUCUUCGACUUGCCGCAGGAGCUCCGUCUCAAAAUCCUAGGAUAUACCGAUCUGGUUACUCCACUCUGUGAGGUUGAAUGGAAUCCUGAGAGCAACUUCUAUCUCCAUUACAGCACAUGGAGAUGUGGCGGACCGAGUAUAGGAGGUUUCCCGGAAUGCUCCCCAGACUUACACCGUGCCUGCCAGUUUCGAAAUUGCUGGCAAUACGAACCCUCGAAUGUGGGUUGCUUCUGCCGCCGCUAUCACGCUGCCUUCUCAUCAAAAUGCCGUUGCUGGUCUCCACCUACAUCUUUAUUCCUCGUAUGUAAGCAGUUGUCAGUAGAUGCCCAAGCGGUCUUCUUCGCCAGAAAUCGGUUUAUUAUCGUCCCCUCGGGAGGGUGUACUCAUCCCGCUAAAAGCACUCCCACCCGUCUUGAAGUCUCAAUUUUCCUAAGGGACGUUGUGCCUUCGAACGCGCUUCAUUUUCUAAAAUUCUUAGAAGUUGUCUUUCCGCCAUUUUACGACGACUAUCUUUGUCCUCAUGAGCCCGCGUAUCAAGACUGGCUUCAAACCAUCGAAUACGUGAGAGAGCGACUGGAUCUGCCGAUGCUCACACUACGUAUCUACAUGGCUGAUUAUAUCCUUCAUGGCGAACUAGUCGCUGAUUUCCGGAGUACCAUGACUAAAGAACAGGGCAUGGCGAUCCUCAAGAUGUAUGCGCGGACUCUAGGACCAUUGUCGAAACUACGCGAGAAAGGACUAAGCCGAUUCUUCGCGGACCUUGCUUACCCUUUUGCUCACACUCGAUUCGGGCUAAGGAAUCCGACCUCUGUCCUAGAACGGAGUACAGAAUUGCGACAGCGGAUUGAGAGACUUGUUAUGGGGGAUGACUAUGAUGGAACGCUGCUUGAGACAAAGGAAUUAGGAAAUAGUCAGUGGUUAGAGGAAUCCCUUCGUGAUUAUAUGUCUAGUUAG